UCUGAUUCCACUUGUUCGACCACGUUUACUUUCAUCUUAUUCUUGUCAGUUUUAUUUCAGUGUAAACUGGUGGAAAGGCAGCGCGACUUGGUUAAAAAAGACUACUUUUGUCAUCCUAACUCAAGUCAGCUGGAAGAAGGUUAAGAAGGUCCACUGUGUGAUAGCUGUUUGCUAUGAGCUCCACUGAAGAGAAACUCCAUCGGACAAACCUCCCAAAUAUCCCACCUUCCAUGUUCUACUUCUGAGUGUGGCCAAGAUUCCGGAUGUAAAGGCAAAAGAGAUAAAGGCCUUUACAGAGACAAAGAGGAAGACUAACAAACCUGUAAUAGUGGUUGUUAUGGUAAAAGGUUCAAGUGAAACCAGGCAUCACGUGUGAUGCUUGUGGUGAGAACUUCCUGCUUUGUCUCUCAACCUGUGACACAAUCAACAGUUUUUUUCAAGCAGCACCAUGCAGUUUGGCAAGCGGUUAAUUUCUUUGGAAGCAAGUCAAGAGGCUGAAUGUGUGGGAUGAAAGCACAAAGAAAGCAAAAAAAGAGGAAAAAACAACCAUGCUGAAGAGCCACCAGGUGGUCUAUAUUGGCCUGGAGCUAGUGAUUGCUCUCCUGGCUGUGGCUGGGAACAUCUUGGUCUGCUGGUCUGUCUGCCUCAACUCCAACCUGCAAAGCAUCACCAACUUCUUUGUGGUGUCACUGGCAGUGGCUGAUAUUGCUGUGGGGCUACUAGCAAUUCCUUUUGCCAUCACAAUUAGUGUGGGUUUCUGUGUUGACUUUUACGGCUGCCUGUUCAUCGCUUGCUUCGUCCUUGUGCUCACUCAGAGCUCCAUCUUCAGCCUGCUGGCAAUCGCUGUGGAUCGCUACAUCGCUAUCAAGAACCCACUCAGGUACAACAGUCUGGUGACAGGGCCAAGGGCAAAGGGCAUCAUCGCAUUGUGCUGGGCCCUUUCAGUUGGCAUUGGUCUGACACCGAUGUUUGGAUGGAAUACAGGUUGGAACUCUACCAUCAUUGCCACCAGGAACAGCAGCUGUCCUGAAGGCAUGACGCAGUGUUUUUUUGAGAAAGUGGUCACCUUGGACUACAUGGUCUAUUACAACUUCUUUGGCUGUGUGCUGGUCCCUUUGUUGGUCAUGCUGGGGAUCUAUGCCCAUAUCUUCAUGGCAGCACGGCGACAACUCCGACUAAUGAAUCUCAAAGUUGCACACACACCGGCUCCUGGACAGAGAGCUCUGUCUUCAGGCUCUUCUCGUUCGAUUCUGCAGAAGGAGGUGCAUGCUGCAAAAUCACUGGCCAUCAUCGUGGGUUUGUUUGCUUUCUGCUGGCUUCCUCUGCAUAUCAUCAAUUGUUUUAACCACCUGUGCCAGGACUGUGAGCGUCCGCACAUCUGGGUGAUGAACAUCGCUAUCAUUCUCUCCCAUGCCAACUCUGUUGUAAAUCCCUUCAUCUAUGCCUACCGUAUUCGGGAGUUCAGACAGACUUUUAGAAGGAUUUUGCACCAGCACAUCCCGGGACAGAGAAAUGGGAUUGGGAGUACUGACAGCAGAGGUGUUGGGAGCUCUAACAGCAUCAGACGGACCUCCCACACUAGUAAAGAUUGUUCAUCACAUGGCACAGUGGUAAAAAGUUACAUCCCGAACCCCAGCUCUGAUCAAACUGGACAAAAAGCUACUAAUGAAACAUUUUGCCACUGGGCAUCAAAUUUCGAUGCUGCAUCAAACAGCCACAUACCCAAUGGACACCAAGUAAAAAGUGAUACUGUGUCAGCAGUGCAGGAGCAGCCAGGCAUGACAUUUUCUGCACACAGUGUAGUAGAGUCAGCCAUGUAUAUGGGAGAAGCAGUGGAUGUUUUUGAGCUGAGCAGCAGGGGAAAUUGCACUGCUUUUGUAAAUCUUCAAGCCUUCUCCCCAAAACAGACUGAUUGUACCUGCUCUACAAAUGUUAGAGAAGUCUCAUGACAAAGAUGUUUGUGUAUUAAAUAUGUUUCUCCAACAAAACACACCUCACAUUGUGCAAACAUAACAUGACAAAAGACUGAUAAUGGUUCAACAAAUUAGCAAAACAGCUUUUUAUGUCAUAUUAGUUUGAUAUUUGAUCUCAUAAACCAGGUCUAGGUCAGAUGUGAUGCACAGCAAACAUGCAUAUUGCUCAAAGCAAGUGGACGUUUAAUAUGCGCUGUUUAUGUUUUCUUGCAACGUUUGGUAGGGACAUCUUUGAGAUUAAUGCUCUUUUUUUAGUAAGAAAAAUGUGCACCUUAAUCUUGACUAAUUUCUUUGAUGUACAUUGCCAAGUAAGAGUUUUCAAAACUUAUUCAAGUUUUCCAGAUUAUGUGAACUUUUAAGCUCAUGUUUAAAUCAAUUCCAAUUUUUUUUUUCUUUUUUAUCCAUGUAAGUCUCCACAGUGAGAAAGUGAGAAACACUAACUGUUGGGGGGGAUUUUGUUGAUGCAAUAAAAAUAUAGGACUGGAAUA